AACAUACACAGAGAGAUAGCAGAGGAGAGGAGUCAGUAUCCAGGAACCUGUGGAGAACCAGCAGGACAGACUCACUCAGUGGAUAUAACACAGCUCAAGAGGAGUGGCUGCUUGUGCCUCACUUUGUCACAUACACUUGCUGUAGGAAGAAAAGACUGACUGAGUCCUGCUGCCAAGUGGCUUAUCAAUCCCGGACCAUGAAGCUUAGUGUGGCGUUGUUUUUUGCAGGCUUCUUCGGGGCGUUGGCAGCUGUGUUCACACUCCUCGCUUUUGGAACUGAUUACUGGCUUCUGGCCUCAGAGACGUGCCACCCAAACCCUGACGGAUCUGUUGGCCCAGGCGGUGUGAUCAUACAGCGUGGGGAUGUGGUGGUGCAGCAGGACAGUAACAAUGUCACCUUGUACCACGAGGGCUUCUUCUGGAGGUGUUCCUUUGGGGGCGACAUGGAUGAUGAGAACCUGCUGUGGAAGCUCUGGUUCACAAAUCAGCCUCACUCCAAGGUCUGCAUGCCCGCCUACCUCUUCCCAUUCCCCGUGUCUCAUCAGACCCACAAUGCCACAGCCUAUGAGUCUGCCAUAAUCUACAGAGGCUUCUGGAGCGUCUUUAUGCUCAUCGGCGUGGCAGCCGUAGCGCUCGCUGGGUUCAUCAUCAUCUGUGCUGCUCCAUUUGCCAGCCACCACUUGUAUAAAGCGGGGGGUGGCCUCUUCCUGGCAUCUGGUCUUUCCCUGCUCUGUGUGGUGGUGAUGUACGUGCUGUGGGUACAGGUGCUGGAUGUGGUGGAGGUCUACAUAGACUCCAAGCGCUCAUCAUUGUGUCCGGGCUUCACCCUGUCCCUCCACUAUGGUCUUUCCUUCAUGUUUGCCCCCAUCGCCGUCUUCUUCUGCCUCCUGGCCGGCCUCCUUUUCCUCCUCAUAGGCCGAACCCUCCAGGCGCACUACAACUGACUUGAAGCAGCAGGUUAAAAGGAAAACACUGUAGUGUUCUUACAGACAGAUUUUGGUAUAUUCACAAUCUUCCUGCCGUGUAAAAGCAGGUCUCUGUAGAUUUCUUUUUUUUGGCAGAUUUGUGGUAUAAAUGAUCUGACCUGCUCGGACAAAAUGAAGAAAUGAAUAAAGGAUCUGAGCCCAAAAUGGCAUCACAAUUACACGCAGCAUAAGCUACUUUGAUUUGGGACAGGAUAUGCAAUUCAAAACUUAAUGCAAUUCAAAACUGAAAUAUUUAGAAAUGGUGCACAUGAAUUUUAAUCCUCUGUGUCGGUGCGUUAUGGGUUCAUGAAAUGUUGAGGAAAGACGUUGUUGAAAGAAGCAUUUUCUCUUUGCUUGGCAAUAUAAGUUAAACUGACUGUACACUGGCUGAACAAGUAGUGAAAUAGAUUUACUUAGUACUGUAAUAUAAAAUGUGCACAAUGAAAAGCAAAGUGUCUAUUUAAUGCUCUCUAUAUACAGUAAUUGGAGGCAGUGUGUUCUGACCAGCAACCUUUUCCAAACCCAUGGUAUUACAGAUAUAAUUAUAUUCAACGGUAUAUUCAAACCCCUAUAAGCAAAUUCAUCUGUAGCAUGUCAGUUUCUCAACAGCCCUACUCAAUUAUAAUAAAAAUUAAACUCUCAACACUGCAUCACAAAUGUAAAAAAAAAAAUAAAAUGAAAUGACCUCAGAAGGCCACUGCAUUUUACGUCAAAUAUUUCUCAAACAGAAGGAAAUAAUAUGCUUUUUGAGACUAUUUGCAGACGUGCAUUAAUACACAUUUUGCCGUUCUGGUCAAUGUUGACUGUAUGACAGCAGGACAGCAUGUGUGCGCCAACACAAAAUGAACUACAGUGCCCAUGUUGGCGCUGGAGUGUGGCAAAUUCAGCUCUGUUUUCAGUGGUUUUUGGACAGCUUUAACGUCCACAGAGGAGCAAUACCAAGCUCUGAACACACAGAAAAGAUUUGUUGGCACUCAGUUUAUUGUUAUUGGGUCGUUUUUAGUUGAUAGAAAGCAGAACGAUAAAUAUCGAGUUAAUCCAUAAAAUAAAUCAGUUUGAAUGUACAAUGCCUAAUAUUUUCUGCUUUUUGUGCAGUUUCUCUAUCACACUGUUGCGGUUUGAAGUGAAGCAACACGUUUGUUAAUGAUGAUACUUUAUUUUUUGUUGUAUAUGAGAUUGUGAUAUAAUGUUGUGUUCUAUCAAAUGUUUUUCAGUGACGUGUUUGAAAUUAAAAUGACAUGGUGUAGGC